AUUCCCUGGCCUAGAGAGGCAAUCAUGGAGCUCUCUGUGCAGAGUCCACACUAAAGUGCAGCAAGCAAGGUGUUUUUUGGUUUUAUGUUGUUUGUUUUUACAUUCUCUCUUGGGCCCUUAAACGUGAAUCUCGUCUUUGUUAACAUACUUUUUGUUUUUAUCUUAACUAAACAACCUAACUAUAUUUGCAUCUCUCUGAUGUUUUUGUUUUGUUUUGGGGGUGGGGGUUGGUGGGAAGUAAAGCAUAGAAGAAGAAUCAUUGUUUUCCCCAGUUGCUGUUGUUAUAAAUAGCCCACAUGCCAUUAGGCUGCAUCUGGAGCAUAGAAAUGAACCCUUAUAAUCUAAUCACGGUACUGCUGCUAGGUGCUACUGACAGGAUAAUUCCCCUUGUUGUCUACAUUUUUACUUCUGCAGCAUACAAUGAGAAUUUUUGAGCAACAAUCAAAUUCUUUGAAUUCUUUUUUAUUUUAGGGAAGUGUGAAUAUUUUCCUCUGAUAUAAUUGUGUAAGUGAUUACUAGUUUUACUAACUGAUACUACAGUGGCAUAGGUUUCAUUUCAACUUUUGGGGUGACACUACUCAUACCACCAAACGUAACACAUUAUAUGAGUAGUGUGAGCAGGAAUUAUUUGGGGCACAUGUCGCCCCCUGACACCCCCCCACAAAAAUACGCCUGUGCUACAGACUACUGCCACCAGAUGACUGUUUAUGAGGAAGUACAUUUGGCACUGCUGCAGUACAUGGGUGACGUGUAGAGACAUGUAGAGUGUAAGAGCAGCAGCCAGGCUAAAACUGGGAGAGAUGGGGGAAAAAAGUCUCUCCUAAAUAAGGUCAGUGUGCUUGGGGGAUUGGACAAAUGUGGGGAUUGUGGGAACAGACCCGGGAUCAUACUGAGGCCUUUCUCCGCCUCCCUUUCCCUCUCACUGAUCACCCGUCACACUCUGGACCAGCAAAUAGCCGCACAGCUGACAUACACCAACGCUUCGGUUACUGGCCGACGGGCUGCAAACACAACGUUGCCUUACUCCCAGCGGCGCCAGUGCACUCGACAAGUGUGGUUCCCAGACAGUGCUAGUGAUACUGCCAGCAGGCAGAGAUAGGGCCAGCGAGCUGCAGGAGACUCAGCCUGAGCUGAUAAGGAGAGGUGGGCUCUGAAGUGGCAGGCAGGCAGCUGAAGACUGUGGCCCCGGGAUCUCAGCAGUGCGCCUUUCCCAAAGAACUCUUACUCACUGCUCUCUCCUCAAUGCUGUUUUCUCACUGUCUGAAAGAGGGCUUGAAGCUUAUCAUUGGUUUCCUGUUGUGGAAAAAGGAGUCCAUGAUAAAAACCUCUGUGGCUGAGCUGGCUGGAAAAUUCACUUGUAAAACAUCCUUUCCUACAGAACCUGAAGGGCCUUUGCAGGAUAAGCCUGUGCGCAAGAGGCCUCCAGGAAAGCUACAGCUGCCUGUCAGCAGUGAUGUGGGUCAUGGCCACGAGGAGCAGAAAGGUGAGGUUACUUCUCACCCUCCUAGAAGGAAUAGGAACUCAGCUCUCAUUGAGAAACUCCAGGCAAACCUCAAUCGCUCUCCCACGGCCCUCUUGCCUUCCCCAAUGAGCCCAGGGGCAAUGAAACCACACCCGGCCCCCUUCUCGCCCACCUCGCCCUGCAGUCCAUGCACUCCACCUGCAAUUCACACACCAAGCCAGGAGGAGGUCCCAGCCAGCUUCGAAACACCUGCAGAAGGCAAAGUUCUCCAAAGCAUCAACAAGGGAAGAGCAAGACAUUCCAUAAAACGCCGACCGCCAUCGCGUCGGCAAAGGAACCCCAGUGAAGAUGAGGUUGGGGCUGAAGAGGAAAAGACUGUGGCACCUGGCUCUGAGAGCACACCUACAGGAGCUAGUGAAGAAGACGUGGUCGAGAAGCAGAAGGUGAAGGCAGAGGGGAUGGAUGGAGCCAGUGUACAACCUUCUAACUCUCAGCCUCACGGCAAACCAAACCAAAGAGCAUUGCCAGACUCUGAGCCCCCAGUCGGCAGAGGGAGCGAACCAUGCGAGGAGGCCUCUGCAUCGGCCGUGGAGGAGGCGGAGGCAGAAGGGGAGGCGAGGUGUGACGAGCCUCAGUUAGCCAGCAGGAGCUCCUUGUCCACGGAGCCAGAGCCACAGCAUGAGGGGGACAAGGCAGUGGAGGUCAAAGAAGAGCAGGAGGAGAGGAAAGAGGAGGAAGGAGGUGGCCAGGAGGAGCAAGACCAAAGGCUCUGAGCAGUGAGAGGAGGUGGCAGUUCUCCGCACAGAAUGAAUAAUCAAGAAGACUGAUGAAUAAUGUGAAUGACAUUGAUACUCCCACAGGCCAAGCUUUUAGCAGUAGUUUUUUGCUUUGUUGAAUUCUUCUGCUGGAUGUAUGCUAGUUUUCUUUUUCUUUUUGUAUAUAACUUGCAUUGCAAUGAAUGUGCAGUAAAGGAUUUAUGUAUAGGAGUAAUGAAUAUGUAGUAAAGGAUGUGUGGUGUCUUCUGUUUCACACUAUAACAGUAGAAAACAACAAGCGUUUGAUCAAAGACAAAAAUCAAAACCCAGGAUAUUAAAACCCAGGACAUUGAAGCAGGUACAGUGUAUUACCAGACAUUAAGUAUUGUUCACAGUAAGCAAAUGUGUCCCUGUUGAUCUGAAUGGGAAAUUAAACUCACAGGUUCAGAA